CACUCUUCAGAGACAGAGAGAAACACACAACGUGACAUCGAGAGGAAAAACAAUUCUCUCAUCGAAAAACAGAUCAAAGAAUUUGAUUUAUUCUUCACAGAUGAGAGGAUACUUUGUUGUCUUGAUCCAUGAUGUCUCCUUCACAACAGCAAAGAAAUCGGGACAGUCUUUACUUUGACUGGCAUCCCACACUGUGAAGUGAAGCCGAGCUCCUCAGUGUUUCAGGCUGAACUGUGGAUGGAGAUGAUGAGGAACUCUCAGUUUCUACACCUUGCUCCCAUUGUGUCUUCUCUACUUUCACUUCUCCUCUGCCAAGCAUCUGCCACUUCAGGGUCAGACUAUGAAUACGGAGCUCACCCACGCUUUGUCUGCACCCCCAUUCCUGUGGAUACAGACCCUUCCUGCUUCCCCACAGCAGGUCCAGGAACAGGAGCGCCAGGGCCCAGUGGACCAGGCCAUCAAAGUGCAACUCCUGCUGGGUGGUGGGGGGCGAGCGAGGAGGCCAAAGCCACCAUCCUCCACCUCAGGGAGAGCCUUGUGCGGCAGAAAGAGACCAUCCUGGACCAGAGGGAGACCAUUAGAGAGUUGACAGCCAAGCUGUCUCUGUGUGAGGGCUUCAGCCACGGUGUGACGCCUCACGACGACCACCACGGCACUGCCUCAUUCUCUCAUCAUGCAGGGGUGGCCAGUCAUCACCCGCACACUGACCACGGGCACCAUAGCAACCAGCAAGGUCACCAUGGCAACAGCAACUUCAUACCAGACUCACCGCACAACCCCUCUGUAGGGGGGCAACGAUUGGACAGAGGCCACAACAGCAACAACAACCAGGGGAAGGAUAAACAUGUGACACCGGGGGACAUCACAUCAUCACCGGAGCAGAUGGAGAGGAUGCUGCAGGCGCUCAAGGACAGGCUGGACAACCUACAGCAGAAGAGGAACACAUCCACCACCUACUCCAGCUCGCUGAAGGAGCUGCUGCAGAGGAAGAUCAGCGCCCUGGAGGAGCAGCUGCACCAUCACCAUCACGACGACCAAAGCAGUCACAGCGACAAUGAAGACCAUCACGGCGGCGACGAUCACCACGCAGACGGACACUUGAGUGACCACCACGAUGAUGACCACAACGACAGACAUCACGGUGGCCACGACGACGGCAGGAACCACAGCGAUCACCAUGAUGACGGCCACAAUGACGACCAUCAUGAUGCAGAUGGUAGUCAUGACGACCACGAUGCCGAUGAUGAUGAUGACGACCAUCACAGUAAUGAAGCAGACAAUCACAGUCAGUUUCCACACACGGGUUACAGAGCACCAGGGCCCCGACCUGGUUUCCACUCCAAACUAGAGAAUGUGCUCAACCAGCUGCACCUCACAGGCCCCAGCAAGAAAAAUCCUGAUGCUUUCCAGCUCAGUUUCCCCAUGAGAACUAACUACAUGUACGGGCGGUUGAAGAGGACUCUGCUGCAGGAAAUCUUCGCCCUGACUCUGUGUCUCUGGAUGAAGACGGGCGUGGGACACAGCAUGGGGACGCCCUUUUCUUACUCCGCCCCUGGACAGUCCAAUGAGCUGGUGCUCAUUGAGUGGGGGGACAAUCCUUUAGAGCUGCUGAUUGAUGACAAGGCGGUGACAUUGCCCCUGUCUGUGAGUGAUGGGAAGUGGCACCAUGUGUGUGUGACCUGGUCCACAAGGGAUGGACAUUGGGAGGCCUACCAGGACGGCGUGCAGAGAGGAUCAGGGAGUAACCUGUCUCCCUGGCGCCCAAUCAAGCCUGGAGGGAUCUUCAUCCUAGGACAGGAACAGGACACUCUUGGGGGCCGUUUUGAUGCCACUCAGGCAUUUGUGGGCGAGAUGGCCGACCUGCACAUGUGGUCACAUGUCCUGAGUGCCGAGGACAUCUACAGCCUGGCCUCCUGCAGCAGCUACCUCAGAGGAGACGUCAUCGCAUGGUCUGACACGGAGGUGGAGCUUCACGGGGGCGUCGUCAGAUUCCCGUUUGACCCAUGUCACUGAAAGGCGUGGAGUUAUCCUGGAACAUGAGGACAGUGCAAAAAUAAAAAUAACAGUCUCUUUGAACAUCAGUCAUUUUGACAGGAUGAUCAUUCAGAGGUGCUUACUCCUUCACUCUUUGAAUCAUUGCCUUCCGUUUAACUUAAACAGUGACUUUUUGAUUAUUAAAAUAAUCAAAAGCAGACUUCAAUCUGUGUAGACAGAUCUGGUGUUGAGACUUAAUGAUCUUUGAUCUUAGUUACUGCUGGUGUUUAAGACAUAUUUGUAUGUGGCAUAUUGUCAUACUGUUGAUAAAGACUAAACACAGUGGGAUCUCUGUUAAUGUUAAUUGUUUAGUUUGAUACGGAGAGAAAAUGUGCUGAGAAAUCAUUCUUUAUAUUCUGGGUUCUUUCUUGAAGAGUUUCCAUGAAAGGUACAGCUAAUUUACCAAAGAAACUGUAGGAUUAGUCAUUGUCAUGAAGUUACUUUGAUCGUCAAUGUAUCAUAGAUAGACUGACUGAUGAUUUCUUUUAAAAGAAAUUUUUAAAAAGUCAGGGAGGCAGAAUUUAGUGUUCUUAGACACUUUUGUAUGUUCUACAGUGCAGGUGUGCUCACUGAACAAACCUGACAUUUAUCAUUUUAUUUUGUAUAAAUGUGACUUUAAUGUUGUGAAUGACAUACAGUAUGUGGUGAAAAAAGGUUCUUGUGAUGUGGCUUUUUAUUUUCUUUGGCCUUUUCUGUAUAUUUGCUACUCAACUGUAUAUAAAACACUGAAUGUAAGCCAAGUUACAACUUUGAUGUGCUUUUUUUCACGUUUUAGACAAUUGAACAAUAAUAAUAAGUGUGAAAUAUACAUCUUUGUUCUUCAUUCUGUGUACAGAGGUUUGUGUUGGUCCAACUGAUUCUUUUAACCGUAAUCAGUAGAUUCUGAAAUGUUCUUCAUUUCACUGUUCUUCACAUAACUUAAUGAACUACUUAAGGCUACAAUAAUAAAUUGAUUGGUAAACGACUACUACAUUUAUUGACAGCUUUGAUAAUUGACAAAGCUGUCUGUUUUUCUUUCUUAAAUGUCUUUGUUCUUUCCAUAUUUCCUUUAACCACACAGCUCAAUCAGACAAAAAAGACAAAAACACAACCACGAGUUCGUCAUUUCUGUUCACUGUUUUAUUGUUCCACAGUAGUUUACUGGCAGCAAUGUGUCACGGUUUUCCUUUUGCUACAUUUACAGAUGAUCUAGUCAUCUUCACCUCACAGUUAACAAAAAUAAAUAAAUACAAAA